ACGUGCGCGUGCACAGCUUCAGUCAGUCACAAAAGCAGCAGCCCUCCUGUGAGGAGGACGCACAACUUCUGCUCUCAUCAACAAACCACCACAACAGCAGCAACGAGACUAAAGAGCAGAGAGAGAGAAACCCGGAGCUGCUCAGUUUGGAAGAGAAGAAAAGUUCACUGAUGAAGUUUCUUUAAAUUAAGGAUUUUUCUUUGGGAACUUUUUGGCACAAAGUGGUUUGGAUUGUGGGAAGAUGACGGUAACUUUCUCUUUCAGUAAAUUAAUCUCAAUGAAGAGUUUGUAACCCAGAGACCCAGAGGAGGAGCUCAGUGAACCGUGAACCCUCAGCAGCUCUGCCGGGAUGGUGCGCCUGCUGAGCUGCCUGCUGCUCGGAUAUCUGACCUGGAAUCUGCGGAUCUCGGACGCGCAGGGGGAGUACUGCCACGGCUGGUUGGACUCUAGUGGGAAUUAUCACGACGGCUUCCAGUGUCCGGAGGACUUUGACACGAUGGACGCCACCGUGUGCUGCGGCUCCUGCGCGCUGCGCUACUGCUGCGCCGCCGCGGACGCGCGACUGGACCAGGGAGGCUGCACCAACGACCGGGAGGUGGACAACACCGAGUAUGCAGCGCAGCCCAUCUACGUGCCCUUCUUAAUGGUGGGAAGCAUCUUUGUCGCCUUCGUCGUGGUCGGCUCUCUGGUGGCCGUCUACUGCUGCACCUGCCUGCGGCCCAAGCAGCCGACCCAGCAGCCCAUUCGCUUCUCCCUGCGUAGCUGCCAGGGCGAAACCAUCCCCAUGAUCCUCACCUCCGCUCCCCCGAGCCUCCGCGCCCCGUCGCGACAGUCCAGCACGGCCACCACCAGCUCCAGCUCGGCCGGAGGCGGCAGCUCCAUGCGGAGGUUUUCUCUCGGAGGUCAGGGGCAGCAGCAGCACGGCUGCCUGGUGUCUGCCACCGUCUCCUCCUCGGCCUCCACCCCCACCCAGACCCCUCAGACUCUGUCUCCGCUUCCACCUCCCCCUUACACAUCCCCACCAGCACCCAUGUCAGGAGGCAUGCAGCACCAGCUGCCCCCCACCCACACCCACACCCAGCUACAGCUCCACCAGCCCUCUCAGAGCUUCCUCCUGCCUCAGCAGUACUUCUUCCCCCUGCAGCCCGACGCCUUCUCGGCGGCCAAGGGCUUCGCCGACUUCGGGCAGAGCUGACAGGGCUCCCAGCGGGGGGGAAACGGAGGGAUUACAAGAUCUCUAGAUGGUUGGAUGUGAGCAGGCGAGGACAAACGCACUGCAACAUAGCUGGUGGUGUUUGGGUGGAAGGCCUGGACCGGCUGAAUGGACACAGAGAGAGCGACAGGAGGACGAGGGAUAAAGUACCACAAAGCUGCGUGGCCUGAGGCGUUUCCCUCUUCUGCAUCACGGCACACAUCGGAGUGCAACAGUGACGAAUCUUGUGCACUUUUAUCUCAUAUUGUAAACAGACCUCACCGGCCUUACAUUUUAUUUUUAUACAGGCUUAUUUUUCAAGGUGACAGCUCAAAAUAAGGACUAAAAUCUUGCCAAUGUAUCACACACCUUCCUUAAAAAACUGAAAUACUGCACAGGCAGACGGCACCAACACUGUCCCUCUGAGCAUUGUUACAUUAUUAGAAAUAGAUGUUGGAAACCAGGGAAAUAUCGUGUUUUUUUGACAAUCGCAAGGACCUUUGAAAGAGUGGAGGACCUGAUACACAAAGGACAUUUUAUUUUGGAGGAAAUGUGGACUUUUAUAAGAUGUUGUACAGGCAUUAUACCCAGAGCAGGGCUGUCAUAUUGAUUCCCUAAUUUACAACAAAUAAAAUCUCUCAGUACUUCCUGUGCACUGAUGAUAAAUGUGAC